UCCGAGCCCGGGCGUCAGCUGCUGAGGGCCGUCGGUCUCUAAACGCUAGUUUCUCGACGGAGGCCUGCCGUUUGCUCCGGAGUCCCGGGAAUGGGAGUGCGAGGUCCAGGCUGGACAGGCGAGACUCGUUUCCUUCGGUCCGCAAAGCGGAUUUUUGCCAUCCAAGAGCAACACCAGGAGGAGAAAGUAAAAAUGACUGUUGAACUAGUGAAAGCCAUGCCACAGGACUUGGUGACAUUCAAGGAUGUAGCAAUAGACUUUUCCCAGGAGGAAUGGGAAUGGCUGAACCCUACUCAGAGGAGUUUAUACAAGAGUAUGAUGUUGGAGAACUAUCAGAGCCUAGUAUCACUGGGACUUUGCAUUUCUAAGCCAUAUAUAAUCUCCUUAUUGGAGCAAGGGAAAGAGCCCUGGAAAGUGAAGAGUGAGAUGACAAGAGGCCCAUUCCUGGAUUGGGAAUCUAUAUAUGAGACACAAGAAUUAUCUCUGAAGCAGGCCAUGUAUAAUGAAGCGUUAUUGAAGAGAAUUACAAACUAUGGCCUUGAGUGCUCCACUUUCAGAGAAGAUUGGAAAUGUGAAGAUCUUUUAGAGGGGCAGAUGGUAAGUCAAGAAACAGGUAUCAGGCGAGAAGCAAACACUCAUGAAGAAAUCCUCACUAAGAAAAUAGACUACAAAUAUAACAAAUCUGGGAAAUGUGUCCAUCUAAACAAUAUAGAGGAGCAUGUUCAUAAUCACAAGUCAGAUAAGAAAAGCUUUACCAAAAAUUCAAGGAUAAUGAAACAACACAAGGGAAUCUAUACAGCAAAAAAACUUUUUAAAUGUAAUGAAUGUGAGAAAACCUUCACUCAGAGCUCUUCCCUUAGUGUUCAUCAGCGAAUUCACACUGGUGAAAAACCAUAUGAGUGUAAAGAAUGCGGAAAAGCCUUCAACCAGAGUCAACACCUUGCUCAACAUCAGAGAAUACAUACUGGAGAAAAACUCUUUGAAUGUAAGGAAUGUAGGAAAGCCUUCAGCCAAAAUGUACACCUUAUCCAACAUCAAAGAAUUCAUACUGGAGAAAAACCAUAUAAAUGUAAGGAAUGUAGAAAAGCCUUUAGCCAGCCAGCACACCUUGCUCAGCAUCAGAGGAUUCAUACUGGAGAGAAGCCCUAUGAAUGUAGGGAAUGUGGGAAAGCCUUCAGCGAUGGCUCAUCUUUUGCUCGACAUCAGAAGUGUCACACCAGCAAAAGACCCUAUGAAUGUAUUGAAUGUGGAAAAGCCUUCAGGCAGAACACAUCCCUUAUUCGUCACUGGAGGUAUUAUCAUACUGGAGAGAAACCCUUUGAUUGCAUUGAUUGUGGGAAAGCCUUUAGUGAUCACAUAGGACUUAUUCAGCAUAGGAGAAUUCAUACUGGAGAGAAACCCUACAGAUGUAAUGUGUGUGGAAAAACCUUCAGCUAUGGCUCAUCCCUUACUGUCCAUCAGAGAAUUCACACAGGAGAGAAACCUUAUGAAUGUGAUGUUUGUGGGAAAGCCUUUAGCCAUCAUGCAUCACUCACUCAGCAUCAAAGAGUACAUUCUGGAGAGAAACCGUAUGAAUGUAAGGAAUGUGGGAAAGCUUUUAGGCAGAGUAUACACCUUGCUAGUCAUUUGAGAAUUCAUACUGGUGAAAAACCUUAUGAGUGUAAGGAGUGUGGAAAAGCUUUUAGCAUCGGUUCACAGCUUGCUACUCAUCAGAGAAUUCAUACUGGAGAGAAACCUUUUGAAUGUAAGGAAUGUGGUAAAGCUUUCAACCAGAGGGCACACCUUGCCCAACAUCACAAAAUUCAUACUGGAGAAAAACCUUACGAGUGUAAGCAAUGUGGUAAAGCCUUCAGUCAGACUGCCCGCCUUAUUCAACAUCAGAGAGUUCAUACUGGAGAGAAACCCUAUAAAUGUACUGAAUGUGGAAAAGCUUUCAGUGAUAGCUCAUCCCGCACUCAGCAUUGGAGACUUCAUACUGGUCAAAGGCCUAUGAAUGUAUUCAAUGUAGGAAGACAUUCAGAACAAUGUCAUCCCUUAUUUGUCAUCAAAGAUGCCAUACUGGAGAGAAACCUUAUGAAUGCAGUACGUGUGGCAGAGCCUUUAGCCAUCGUCAAUCCCUUACCGUUCAUCAAAGAACUCAUUCUGGAGAGAAACCUUAUGAAUGUAAGGAAUGUGCACAAACCUUCAGCCAGAUGGGACACCAUAACCUACAUAGAAGAAUUCAUACUGGAGAGAGAUCUCAUGAAUGUAAAGAAUGUGGAAAAGUCUUCCAACAGAGUGCACACCUUGCUUAUCAUCAGCGAGUUUGUAAUAUAGGGCCAUCUCAGGCAUCCAGCUCUUUCUCACCCUCUGUGUCACCAAGUCCUGCAGAUAUAUGUGCUGAAUAUUUUUGGAAUUCAUCCAAUUCUUUCAACUCUCAUUCCUCUACCCCCA